AUGGGGAAGCUUACAGUUAUAGCAGGCUUGGCCUUGGUGCUUUGCCAUUGUGCACUCUCAAUGGAAAUGGGCUGCUACUUCACAAACUGGUCCCAGUACAGACCUGGAAUUGGGAAGUAUACACCUGCAAAUGUGGAUCCCUUCCUUUGCACACAUCUUUUAUAUGCCUUUUCAAUCAUCAACCAUGCCAAUGAACUCGUUACCUAUGAAUGGAAUGAUGAGACACUCUACAAGGCUUUCAAUGACCUGAAGAAUAGAAACCCCCACCUUAAGACCCUGUUGGCUGUUGGUGGAUGGAACUUUGGUUCAUCACAGUUCUCCAUCAUGGUGUCGACUCCCGCAAACCGUCAAAAGUUCAUCCAGUCUUCCAUCAGCUUCCUGAGGACUCAUGGAUUUGAUGGUCUGGACUUAGACUGGGAAUACCCUGGAUCAAGAGGAAGCCCACCUGAAGACAAACAAAGAUUCACACUGCUGUGCAAGGAACUUAUUGAAGCCUAUGAGGCAGAGAGCAAAGCUACUGGCAGAGCAAGACUGUUGUUGAGUGCUGCAGUGGCUGCUGGCAAAGGGACAAUCGAUGCUGGAUAUGAGAUUGCAGAGGUUUCUAAGUACCUGGACUUUAUCAACAUCAUGACAUAUGACUUCCAUGGAACAUGGGAAAGAUUCACCGGCCACAACAGCCCACUUUACCAAGGAUCAAAGGAUGAGGGAGACCUCAUUUACUUCAAUACCGAUUUUGCCAUGAACUACUGGAGGGAUCAGGGUACCCCUGUGGAGAAACUCAGAAUGGGUUUCGCAACAUACGGUCGCACAUUCCGCCUGACGUCUACUGAAAGUGGAAUUGGAGCCCCAGCUAGUGGACCCGCUUCAGCUGGAACCUACUCCCGUGAGGCUGGAUUCUGGGCUUACUAUGAGAUAUGUGGUUUCGUACAAGGAGCAACAAUUGAGUGGAUUGACGAUCAAAAGGUGCCGUACGCCACAAAGAACAAUGAGUGGGUUGGAUUUGACUCCAAAGAGAGUUUUGAGAUUAAGGUUCGUUAUCUGAAAGACAAAAAGUUUGGUGGAGCCUUUGUGUGGGCACUAGAUCUGGAUGAUUUUGCCGGACAGUUCUGCGGGCAGGGGAAUCAUCCUCUCAUGGGCCAUCUGCGCAAUCUUCUGGAUAUUGAACUGCCCCCACUGCCUCCAACUACCACCCUCAAACCUGGUCAGACCACCACCAAACCCACCACAACCACCACAACUACCACUCAUGCACCAGGACCAGGAUUUUGUAAUGGAAAGCCAGAUGGACUCCAUGCUCAUCCUGAUGACCCAAGCAAAUUUUACAACUGUGCAGGAGGAGUAACAUACCAGAGUAGCUGUGCUGCAGGCACCGUGUUUAAUGACAGCUGUAAGUGCUGUUCUUGGCCCAAUCACUAA